GGGGCACUCGCUCGUUGAUUCAUCCGACCUUGGUGAAUUAUCUGCCCGCUUCUCCACCAGCUCCACAGCGAGGCCUCUUUCCGAUCCUAUCCCAAGAACCAUGGCUCCGACCAGAAAAUUUUUCGUGGGUGGCAACUGGAAGAUGAACGGGGACAAAAAAGUGUUGGGAGAUCUUAUCAACACCCUGAACACUGCUAAACUGAACCCAGACACCGAGGUGGUGUGUGGCGCUCCCUCCAUCUACCUGGACUUUGCCCGCCAGAAGCUCGAUGCCAAGAUCGCCGUCGCCGCCCAGAACUGCUACAAAGUCGCGAAGGGUGCUUUCACCGGAGAGAUCAGUCCCGCCAUGAUCAAGGACUGUGGGGUGUCCUGGGUGAUUCUUGGCCACUCUGAGAGGCGCCAUGUUUUUGGCGAGUCUGAUGAGCUGAUUGGCCAGAAAGUGGCCCAUGCGCUGGAGGAGGGGCUUGGCGUGAUUGCCUGCAUCGGGGAGAAGCUGGACGAGCGAGAGGCGGGGAUAACUGAUAAAGUCGUCUUCGCCCAGACCAAGGUCAUUGCAGACAACGUGAAGGACUGGAGUAAGGUGGUCCUGGCCUAUGAGCCUGUCUGGGCCAUUGGAACUGGGAAAACCGCAACCCCCCAACAGGCCCAGGAAGUUCACGAUAAGCUCAGGCAGUGGCUGAAGACCAACGUCUCGGAGGCGGUAGCCAGCUCCUGCCGGAUCAUUUACGGAGGCUCCGUUACCGGGGGGACCUGCAAGGAGCUGGCCUCGCAGGCCGACGUUGACGGCUUCCUGGUCGGCGGCGCCUCCCUGAAGCCCGAGUUCGUCGAGAUCAUCAACGCGCGCCAGUGAGGGGAGGCAGUGAUGAGGUCACAGCCGGGGAUGGUGGACCCCGCCCCCCUUUUGCACUUACAAGCCCCACCCCUGUGAUGUCACUUCCUCCAUGUGUUCAGCCCUAUAGCACUGCAUAGAUGGGCAUGCUGCACAGACACUGCAUACGUCAUCAAGCACUUGGGGACAGUAUACUCGACAUGGGUUCUAGACAACCACAAGUGUAUGCUUUUGUGAUUGUCUUGGAUGAUGUGUGUAGUGCUGGUGUAGUGUGAUGUGCAUAAAGUCUUGAAAGCCCGUAAUUUAGUCAGGAAUUGGUACCCAUCUGUAAUCCAAGUGUUGUAAUGUUCCUUGUCUGCCAAGCACUGUCACCCUGAACUUCAAGCUCUUGCGUUCUGUGUUCCUCGCAGCCAGCCUGGCUCACGGCCUGGGGGAGCCGUUGGCUGGAAAAGGGAUUAUUAAACAAACGGUUUGAUCGGAA